CAUAAAGUUAUUAAUGUAACUUGAUCACUGGUAAUCGGCAGUUUCCGACCAAGCCAGACUCUCGCGCACAUGCGUAGGCAUAUAAGCAGGAUGUGGCCGUGCAUUUAUUUAAUCUGACCUCACAGCAAUGCUAUUGUGUUAACGAAAUUUGUCAUACUUGGAAGACGGUCUGCUACCACUGACGCCCUUCGUCUGUUUUAGUUCGCUGGACGUUUUACUGGCCACAGUAUGACAGGGACCAGCAGUGGAGGGGUGUGUUCUGGUAAAGGAGUGUACAUCAAGCUUAGCGUACUACUACUGCUGAGCACGACCAUCUACGUGUAUCUGUACUCAAGCAUCACAAUGCAGACGUUCGUUAUCGGGGAAGUCAUGAAGGGCACGAUCAGUGAUAUUCAGAGAUGGCGGGAUAAAAUGGAAGGCUGGGUACAGAUGAUUGGUGGUAGCGGUUCUCAAUCUAAUAAUAAAGACGCCAAAAAUACGUCAUUUCCGGACGAUAAUCGUGAUGUCAUGAAAAUUAAAGUUCAGAAAUCAAAACCUGAUAUUGGUUCAGUAAUAAAAGCGACAAACGAGUCCAAGUUAUUGUUUGUGCCACACGAGAAAACCCGUACACCUAUCCAUGAUUCCAAAAGCAAAGGUGCAGGUCAUAAACCGGAAGUGCUUCUGACCUUGUUUACUUCCUGGCCUACAAAAGCAGAGAAAUAUUUGUGCCACAACAAUACAAUUCGUAAUUGGCUACAAUUAAAACCGUUAAUACAUCCGGUUCUCUUCACAAACGAGACUUUACUAGCCGAGGAAGCAAUGGAGAAAGGUUGGGAUGUACUUCCGAUCCGAAGAGCCGGAAGAGGGGUACCUAUUCUCAAACAUAUGUAUAAAGAUGUCAUAGGGAGAUACAGCUCUUCGUUUUAUGCCUUUUCUAAUGGAGAUAUACUCUACUCUAACUCACUUAUUGACACGUUAAAGGCUGUUCUUAAUUCCUCUCAAGUAUCGAAGGGCAAACCAAUCAUGAUUGUUGGUAGAAGAACUAAUGUUCAGGAUGUGACGUCAGAGGAAGCGAGUUCGGGGAAAAGUGUACAAAGGACAGCAAAUAUUCGCGGGAAAAUAUUUACAGUGUGGGCCGAAGAUUAUUUUAUAACGUCGACUAAUUAUCCGUGGAAGGAUAUACCGGAAGUAGUAAUUGGCCGGAGGGCGUAUGAUAACUGGUUGGUAUCGAACGCACGAAAACAAAAACAUGUAACCAUCGACGCCACUGAUACUCUAGUGGCCCUCCACCAAACGACAAAGGCGGGAAACCAGGAAGGAUUCAAGGCCGACAACCCAGAGUACAACCACAACCUUCUCAGGCGCAUGUACCACCAGCUUCAUUACGGUGCCGGCCUCACGUCAUGCGCAGAAUACUACACACGUUACCAUGGCAACAAAAAUAUACAAAUUCUAAAAAGAGCGAUCCCAAAGUCGUGUUUCCCUGUAUGAUAACAAAGUGAUUGUAGUGUAUUGGUUUCCAGCGUGUAAUGAUGUGGGUCCCCUCCCGGUGUUGUUCACAGAAAGGUGGGAAAGGAGAGAAAGACUGGUUCUCUGUCUUUACCACGGUGCUCUCCGCCAGGGUAGCACUUGUUUGCAACUUGCAAAACAGGUGAAUAUGCAAAAUAAAAGCAUCCUUGAUGAGGUAACAAACAACAUAUUCGAUAUAUAGAUACCAUGGAUGAUCGGGUUCCGUUAACUUCUGUCACUAACUAAAUACAUUUACAUAAAAUAAUUUAGGUAUUUUUCCAGUGUAAAAAUUAAUACCAACUGAAACAAAAAAAACAAAAAAACAAGAGCUAGAAAUAUCAGAAAUAGAUUUAGUUUAAGUAUGGUUUCAUUAUGAGAGAAAUUGCAUUAAGUGACGUCGAGUUUGAUUUGUGCUGAAAUUGUAAAUGUAUGUCUCUGGCUGAACACAUUACAAAGUACGUAGAGGCAAGGUAAUUGUUGACAACCCUUGGGUUUGAAAAUAGAUUUUUUUUAUAUCACAUAGGAAUUUACUAGGUAAGUGCCGCUUGAGAUGGAGUAACAAAUGUAGAUUUUUGACUUUUGAACCAAACUUUUGAAAAGUAAAUCUGUUUUGGUUGUUUUUGAGUUUUGCUCCCUUUGCCGUGGGAAAUGUUAGUAAUAAAACUGCAGUAUGAUGCCGUACACUCUUAAACACACAGGAAGAAAUGAUAGACAUUCUCUUUCAAUAUGCUAUUCUAUCUUGGUGUUCCUAUUGGUAUAUUUUAAAGCGGUAUUGGGUAAUUACAGAACCUCCUUGAGUUUUGUCAGAAUGCUGUGGGUGUAUUUUUGUAAAAAAAAAGGUCGAGUUGUCAUGUUUCACUGAUGUCCCGGGAUCGAUUUCACAACUUUUCGACGAAAUCGCUCUAUAAAUUUAAAACCACAAAAAGGUGUUCUUGUUUUUAGAUCACUUGGCCCGAGGGCGUACAGGCCCUAUCGGCAAUUUGUUAUGAAGAUUUGUUAUUGUAUAAAGUACCUGCUGUCAAAAAAAAUAUUGUUCGUGUAAAUACACAUGAAAACUGACAAUCCCAAGAGACCUAAACAUGUUCAUCUCGACCGGAGCUGGGCGAGGCUAACUAAUUACAGAUCCGGCAUGUUUGUCCGUGUUACUGUGAAAUGCGGAUGUAAAGGUUGUUGGUACAAUGUUGUUUAUUUUCAUUAUCUUUUUUAAAACACAAUUAAGAUUAUAUUUAGUAUCGUCUACAGGGUACCGUGUGUAUUAUACAUAGACAAGCGUUGUUGAUCGGGGUUGUGUGUCCUACAUUGAAAUACGUCCCUGAUACAGUACGAUGUAUUUAUAGUGUCUAGCAGUUGUACGUGGCUUUUGAUAACUUACAAAAUGUUUUCUUACAGACAUAUUAAAAACGUUUUUUUUUUUUUUAAUUUUAAUUGUCAAAUUGUUUUCCCGAUUUAUUAUGGUGUUCAGCAUUGAUACAUAGUUUUACUGGCAGUUGACGUGUCAAUAAUGUCAUAAUAUAUUUGUACACCAGAGGAGUCUCGUUUUGGUGUGAAUAUCGACUUUUUUAUUUUUUAUAUCGCCUAUUAAAACUAGUUGUUGUCACGUAUUCCAAUAAUGAUAUCUCUCAUUCGACCGUGAUAUUUAAAACGGACAUAUCACAAUUUGUUAUAGAAGUAAUCACAAAACGGCAUCAAGGUUACAUGUUGUCAAUCUCAGUUAAAAAAAUACGAACUUAGGAACGCUGUACACUUCAUUUCAAAUUCACCGAUUUAAAACUAAUAAUUUUGAACAUGUUAAUUAUGACUUUUAUUUUCCUUGAAGGUUUGAUGUUUCCAUGUAUUUUUAAAGUGAAAAAAACCCUAACAUAAAUCUACAUAAUAAUUAUUUUAUUUUUGGACAAGUGUGUCAAAUUGUUAUGCUUCAUUUUCUACUCAGGUUAGACUUUGAAACCACAUUUUUUUCGGUUUUCUUUUGAUUACAUGUUUUCAGAUUUUGCGAGAGGAAAUCAAAUACAGUUUGAUAUUGCAUUUGUAAUCUGUUAUAGUAUUUUGUUGUGAUAUUACUGUAUUGAAAUGUCAGCUUACACUACAUCGCUGUAAGAUUGUCCUCCACUGAUGGGCUGUAUUUUUACAUUAUUUGUAUAAGCUCUAAUCCAGCCGGUGAAUGUAAGGAAUAGUGUAUUUAAGUUCAUCACUAGUACUGUCGAUGCUGGACAGGGCCCUUCACAUGGCCUCAAAUACAUUGUACUAUAAGCUAAAUGACUAAAUGUAUGUGUGGGUGAGAUUAUGUGUAUGUGUGUGUGUGCGCGGUCGUGUGUGUUUGUACAUACAUGUGUGUGUAUGUAUAUUUGUGUGUAUGCAAGCAAGCAUGACUAAUUGUUUCUAACUGGUCAAUGCGUAUUCCUUUGCUUCGCCCGUCCUCUCUGUCAUCAUCUCGUUAUUCAAUCAUAGUGAUAUACAUUGUAUAUUAUAUAUUGUAUAUUAUAUAUGUAUAGUUAGCCUUCUUAUGCUGUAUAUAUUCGCUUGAUCAAAUUAUAAGGGAACUUUUGCCCAAUCCUUUUACUUUUACUGUAAUACGGUAAUACAAAAUGUUUAAACUAAAACAGGCUUCGAUAUUAGCGACAAACUAUAUAGAAUUUUACAAGUUAUUGAAAAAAACGUGUUGAUUUAUAUGUAAUUAUUGAAUCCUGCUUCGGCCGAUUUCAUGAGUUGAUGAAUUUAUUUGGUCUUGAGAAAAAAAUAAUAAACUGCAAAGCUGUUCAUGUUGAAUUCGUCUCAAAACAAACCUCCAUUCAUCACCCAAGGCAAUAUAUGUUGAAUUUGUCUCACGAUCAACUCAAUGCAUCACCCAAUGAAAUCCACCAAAGCUGAAUUCAAUCUUUACGAUACUCUUGAAUACCACAACUGUGUUCUACCACAACAAGCCUAUCGGGUAUUUUCUAGCAUUGCCAUUUAGGUAAUACGGAUCAAGUAAAUCCACUUUUAGUCACUGUAAAAACAGUAAUAUUUUUAUGUUUAGUUAUAUACAUAUUUCUUUGUUAUUCGAUAAAAUCAAAAUACAUGUAGGUUGAUGAUAUUAUGAAGAUGAUUUUAGACUGGAUAACCUGCCUUAGUACCAUUUCUCUCCGCUAGGUAGCGCUCUUUGAUACUGAUCCUUAUCGAAUGAUGGUGCUGAUUGAUCAAUUCAAACAUCGAUCUAGAUAUACGUCGGUUUGGUUUGAGCUUCGGAAUUCUCUCUUAUUUGUACUAGAAACGUUUUAAAUGCUUACUCGGUGUUGAUUAAGAAACAUUCAAUCAGCAUGGCUUUAGAAUACUAUCGAAAAUUAUUGUCAAGUAACGGACACGUCGUUCGCCUUUUUGAAACAGAGCAUUCUCCUAGAUAAAAGUGAUCGUAAGUACAGAAUUCAGACGGUUUUCCCGCGAAAUUGCCAAACGCCAUCUUUGAAAGGGAUGUCCCUGUUGGAGACUUAAAUAUCAGCAAAUCAAAAUGUCAGGGUUUUUUUCCGAAACGAAGUCUUGCGGAGAGUAGGAAAACUACGACACACUAUCCAAUCUAAAAAUAGUAUUUGAUAAAUCAAAAUGACCGGAUGUUAUCAUUUAUUUAUUUGAAAACAUCAGAUGAUUGUGACGUAUAUAUAUAUAGAGUAAGGUAACGGCCCACUUUGAACAGGAAGUGGGGGCCAUUGUACAAUUAUGUAUUUCUAUCGCUGAUUCCUGACAGAUGCAGCCAUUUAUAAGGAGACUCCGAACAGAAACAGGUAAGUCUUUAACACGACACCGACGGGCCUUUUAACAUGCUGGUGGUGUACUUACUGAAAAUAAACACUGUCUUUGUAA